AUGAAGCGACAGGUCAGAGAACGAGUCAAAGACAGCAACACAACCAAUGGUUAUGGUGAGGGAGAGCACUUCCACGUGGCUCCAGUAGCGGCCGGUCUCGUGCCAAAUUUUAGCUACUCAGUGGCUGGAAGUGCCUUUUAUGAUCGACGCGUUGCAGAAGCACCGGAAUCACCAGAUCCAAACGACCAAGUCAUAGAGAAUGUGGUUGGAGGAGAAACCCCUUCCCGCCAGCCAUCCUCCAGCGACAGCAUUGUCUCCAACCAUCUCAAUACCCUCCUUUUAGAGACUCUCAGCAAAUCCCAAAUCGACCUUCUCAACGCCAUUCUCACCACUCCUCCAAACAACCCGGCCUCAACCCCAACACCAUUCCGCCUAACGCACUCCCUCCACGCUCUACUCCUGCACUUACAAGACCGCAUCCUCUACGCCGAAGCCGACCUACUCCCCCAACUCUGCACCGCCCUCGAGCGCAAAACCCACACCAUUGACGUCCAAAGCGCCGAAAUCCUAAAACUCGAUAAUCAAAUCACUCAACUCAAAGCCACCGUUGAUUUUGGUAGCAACACCUUGACCAGCUGCUGGACGCGCGACUGGGAAAUGUGGCGCACCUUGACCGGCAUCCGAGCAGGGCGGCGACGCGAAUGGUGGGAUUUCAGGCGUACAAGGGUGUCUGAGGAUGUGGAUAACGGACAGCAGUUUUCAGGCAGGGAGUUGGAUGCGUUGGUUAUGAUUGCGGAACAGAAUGUGAGUGUUUUGAGGGAGGAUGUCGAGGAUAUGGUGGAGAAGGUUGAAGGGUGCAAGAGAGCUUCUGCAACGCGCCCGGUUGGGGAGGAGGAGGUUGAGCCGGAGGAGGGGAGUUGGAGGGAUGUUUGA